CAAACGAAGGAUAAGCUUGAUAGUUUUGCCACAUCUAUGUGCAUUUAUCAAUUCAGCUGCACCUGCGGUGACAGUUAUAUUGGGCGUACUACUAGACAGCUUAGCCAACGUGUUAGUGAACAUCUCCCAUCGUGGUUUGGCAAAGGACAGACUAAAACAGUUCGUAGCUCAAUUUUGUCACACUUAAUUGAUAGUGGUCAUGUAAUCGAGAAAACGAGAGCCUUCAAAGUGAUUCAUCGUAUCCCACCAAAUCUUUCCAAUAGACUUCGUAUUCGUCUACUACACACAGCUGAGGCGAUAGGCAUUCGAACUAUUAAACCUAAACUAUGUAUUCAAAAAAAGUUCGUACAGCCUUUAUCCCUCCCUUGGCCUAUUAAGACGUAACCAACUAAUAACUUCUACACCACCCUUUGUUUGUAUUUUCAUCCCCUUUCUUAUCAUCCCUUAAUCUUAUCUUCAUUAGAAACGUGUUUCAUUUCCUUCCCUUACAAUCUAGCAUUACUUAAUCGGUUCAUUUGUUUUUACUAGCCUUUAUCGACUACUUCCACGUGAACAGUUGUUUGUUUAAUUUUGCUGUUUUUCAUUAUUCGUGU